AUGGCUGAUAUGGAUGCGGGCUGCUUUGAAAAUCUGAAGGGUUACGUCAAGACCCUAAAAGGAAUUAUUCUCAUCGCAGAAAUACUCAUCAGUCUCACCAUCCUAAUCUGCUAUACGCUGUCAUCUUAUGUAGGUUAUUAUGGAGUGGCCAUCUGUGAGAUGGUCUCCGCCAUCAUCUUCUUUGUCGUCUUCAUGAUGGAAAUGGACAAGUCCAUUCAGGUGGUCAACUGGGUCUGGAGUGAUCUGUUGCGUGCUUCUACUGGUACAGCCAUGUACCUCAUCUCCUCUCUGAUGGCUCUGAUUAGUGGAACAAAGGAUGGCGCCCGUAUUGCCGGAGGGGUGUUUGGCCUGCUGGCUGGGAUCCUGUUUGCCUAUGAUGUCUGCACCAUCAUCCUUGUCAUCAAGAGCAGCAGAUAGGAUACAGCAGUGC